AUGCGAGAGCUCUUCCGCACCGUCGUCAACGACGGUGACAUUUCUGAGGACAAGCGCAUCCUCCUGCAAAAUGCAGGCGUGCUUCUCUCCCAGGUGGAUGGGAAGACUUGGGUCAGCUUCCCGGACAAUCAGGGCGAACUCAAGGAGCUUUCAUCACAGCAGCUGUCAAAGCUGCGGCCCUUUCUGGGCGAUGUGGCGGAGGAGCUCAAGAAGCAGGAAGCACAACUACUUUGCGAUGAGAGUGCAGGCUCAGACCAGUUUGACUGCCUGGAGUUGACGAAAGUCCCCUGGGCAGAUGGCAUCACGGCUCGGGAGCUGAUUGCCUGUUGCAGCCCAGACGAGGAGCUGCAGUUCUCAACCCGCCGACGAUGGCUGGAGGUGGUCAUUCGAGUGCUGCCCUCGAAGUACAUGAUCAAGUCGCGGGUGCGCGAGCUGCUGAACUACUACUACCUGCAGGGCCUCACGCCUCAGGCCACCUCGCCUGCAAAGGGGGGCAGGGCGCCCGGGCGUUUUUCCCGCUGCCUCGAGGCGCUUCCUGGCGCGGAAAGCGCCGCUGCAGCAGCCGCAGCGGGGGGCGCAGCGCUUCGCAGGGCCUGGCGGUGCAGUCGGGCUGCGGCUGGCGUCGUCUCCGCUUUUGUAGCGGCUGCCGUUGUGGGCAUUGCAGCUGCGCUGGCUGCAGGUGCCUCGCGGAUGAUGAAUUUGCUGCCCUUCGGCAACGAUCCCAUCUGGCCGUUGGUGAGGCUUUUCGUGGCCGUUCUGCUCCAAGGCCAAGUGAAGAACUUCCUUGGCAUGAUUGUGCUGAUCGCCAGACUGCGUGUUGUUCUGUGUCUCGCCCGCUGCAACGAUGUCUUCGGAUACUUGUUCUACCCUUUCGUUUUCUUGGCGCAGAAGGUGCUCGGCUGGAACGAAGGCAGCUGGCUCCUGGGAUCCGUGUGCCCGAUCUGCUUCGAAGACGAUGGCCGGGCUGUUGAGUAUGCCACCAUGCACAACCACAGCUGGCGCAACCAGCAUUGCGAUGCUCAUGGCAUCUGCUGGAAGUGUUUGAACCGCUAUGUGGAGAUGCAGAUUCUGGAGGAGGGCCGGUUCAACCUCAAGUGUCCCGGAAUCGGUUGCAGCUACCGCCUCCUCCCCCUCGAUGUGGAGAGGGCCUUGGAGGCAUCAGAGCCGGAACGCCAGCAAGCGGCACUGGAGCGCUACGGCAGCAUGCGCAGCGCGAGCCAUGGGCAGAGGCUUCGGGAAGUCGUCCUUGGAACAGCCGGGCCUUCCGAACGCUGGCUGCUGGAGGAGUGCCAGGACCGCGAUAUCGUCUUUGCAGCAUGGCUCCGGAUUUCACCGGACUCGCCAGUAGCAUGGCUGAGGCAUAUGCGAUGCGAGAGACCGGAGCAGCAUCUGCUGACCACUUUGGGCUUCUUUCUUUGGAUGGCUUAUUUGCCGGUGGAUCUACCCUGGACACGUGCCCUGGAAGAGCCAGAGCAUUCACUCCCACCGCUGCGCCUGCGAUCCGAGCAAUCGGAGUACUCCGGGCGUUUCGACGAAGAGCUGGACAUGGAACUCCCUCUUGUCUUCCGCUAUCCACUAAGCUCUUGGUGGAAUUUGGUUGACGGCGACGAAGAGGAGAACUGCUUCCAGCAAUACCGGCGUGUGCCCCGGCGGCCCUGGCGUCUCUUCGCCACUCAGCGAGACUCUCGCCGGCAGGACCGACACCACUACAUGCCACUACGCUGGAAAGAUGUCCGGCCCUGGACAGGGGAUGAUGCAGCCGCACCCCUUCGUCGCCGAAGGCAGCCGCGGGUCGUGGCGACGGGGGCUCGCUCUGCGGAACACGCGGCGGCUGCUGCUCGCAAGGUCCAGGAGCAGCGCAAGCGCCGGCAGCAAAUGCGCAGCUCUUGCGACAGCUCCAAAGGUUUGAGCUUGCUUUCUUGGUGUCCCGUGCGAGCUACCGAGUGUUUGUUUGAAGUGUUCACGGCCAUCCGGUUUCUGCCGGAGUUCACCGGCCUCUCCUGCCUGAGCACUGUAGUCGAUCCUCUGGUCCAUGCUUUGCGCUACAUGGAGCCCUUCGUGAUGUUUGUGAGCGAUCUGACUUUCUCAGUGGGCUUUGCUGAAGGCCUGGCGAUGAUCGUCCGCAGCGUCGACCGUCGGGCACAUCACAAGCUAGUCUGGAUGUCCCUGAAUGUGGGUCGCAUGUUGCGUGAGGGGCCUCCGGCUGCCCUCGCCGCAGCCGCAGCAGAGGCGCCGCCUCCUGCCCCUCUGCGAGUCGUGGACAGUCCUCAACCGCUUCCAGAGUGGAGCGACGACGGAGUCUUGCUUGAUGUGAUUGUUAGGGCUUACGCUGUGGAGGCAUCUGCAUGGAGCCCACACACAAAAGCCCCUAGGAAAGGGGCGCCCACAAGGUGUGUGUGCGUGCGCGUGUGUAUAUAA